UGCAGCUGCUGCUUUCUGGCAGAAACCCCGUAGUGUAGCACCGCAGCGCCAUUCGGUAACUGCAACAGUAUCCAAAAUGGCAGGAGCUGAUGGAGACGAUUCUCUUUACCCUAUCGCCGUUCUCAUUGAUGAACUGCGAAAUGAGGACGUUCAGUUGCGUCUGAACAGCAUCAAGAAGCUGUCCACUAUUGCUCUGGCCCUGGGUGUAGAGAGGACCCGAACUGAACUCCUCCCUUUCCUCACAGACACCAUCUAUGAUGAAGAUGAGGUGCUUUUGGCAUUGGCUGAACAGCUUGGCAAUUUCACUAUGCUGGUGGGAGGUCCAGAGUAUGUCCACUGUCUUCUGCCUCCUCUGGAGAGCCUAGCUACAGUGGAAGAGACAGUAGUCAGAGACAAAGCUGUGGAGUCCCUGCGAAAGAUCUCUCAGGAGCACUCUCCAGUUGACCUGGAGGUCCACUUUGAGCCUUUGGUGAAGCGGUUGGCCAGUGGUGACUGGUUCACUUCUCGCACAUCUGCCUGUGGCCUCUUUAGCGUCUGUUAUCCUCGUGUUUCCAGCACCGUCAAGGCUGAGAUUCGCCAGCAUUUUCGCACCUUGUGCUCUGAUGACACUCCUAUGGUGCGUCGUGCUGCAGCAUCCAAACUGGGGGAAUUUGCCAAAGUCUUGGAGCUGGAGUAUGUAAAAAGUGACAUAAUUUCCCUUUUCACUGCCCUGGCCUCUGAUGAGCAGGACUCAGUGCGGCUGCUUGCAGUGGAGGCUUGUGUCAGUAUUGCCACUCUGCUGCCUCAGGAGGAUCUGGAGACCCUGGUGAUGCCAACCCUACGUCAGGCUGCAGAAGAUAAGUCCUGGAGGGUCCGUUACAUGGUUGCUGACAAGUUCUCUGAGCUCCAGAAAGCAGUGGGCCCAGAGAUCACAAAGAACGACCUGGUCCCAGCUUUCCAGAAUCUUCUGAAGGACUGUGAAGCUGAGGUCCGUGCGGCUGCAGCCAACAAAGUCAAAGAAUUCUGCGAGAACCUUCCAGAGGACAAUCGUGAGCAGAUCAUCAUGACUCACAUCUUGCCUUGCGUCAAGGAACUUGUUUCAGACACCAACCAGCAUGUGAAAUCGGCUCUGGCCUCAGUCAUUAUGGGACUUUCAACCAUCCUGGGCAAGGACAACACAAUAGAGCACUUACUGCCUCUAUUUCUGGCUCAGCUCAAGGACGAGUGCCCUGAGGUGCGUCUGAACAUCAUCUCCAACCUUGACUGUGUGAACGAGGUGAUUGGCAUACGACAGCUCUCUCAGUCACUGCUGCCGGCCAUUGUGGAGUUGGCAGAAGAUGCAAAGUGGAGGGUUCGCCUUGCCAUCAUAGAGUACAUGCCCUUGCUGGCAGGACAGCUGGGAGUCGAGUUCUUUGAUGAGAAGCUCAAUACCCUUUGUAUGGCCUGGCUUAUUGACCACGUGUAUGCCAUCCGUGAGGCAGCGACCUGUAACCUAAUGAAGCUUGUGGAGAAGUUUGGAGCAGAGUGGGCCCAGAACACCAUCGUGCCCAAAGUGCUGGGUAUGGCCAACGAUCCCAAUUACCUCCACAGGAUGACCACUCUGUUCUGCAUCAAUGCUUUGUCAAAGGCAUGUGGCCAGGAGAUCACCACUAAGCAGAUGCUACCCGUGGUCCUCAAGAUGUCCAAUGACCAAGUGGCCAACGUCCGCUUCAAUGUGGCAAAAUCCCUUCAGAAGAUUGGCCCUAUCCUCGACAGCAAUGCCCUUCAAACAGAAGUGAAGCCAGUGCUGGAGAAGCUGGCUUCGGACACAGACAUGGAUGUUAAAUACUUUGCCCAGGAGGCCAUUAGUGUUCUGGCGCUAGCAUAACGGGCCAGCCCGACAUGGGUUAACCAGAUACCCACCUGAGUCAAGGCAACACUUUUACAAGAUAUUUAUUGAUGUUCAGGAUCAACUGGUUAAUGUAUAGAGAAAGCUGUCAACAGUUUUAUUUUUUGUUUCUUUUUCCCUAUGUUUAUUCCUUUUUCAUCUUUCUUUUUUUUUUUUUUUACUGUUCAAUGGGUGUCCAUGUGCAGGCAUAGCACAUAGGCUUAUUUGUUAACCUUUCGCUUUGCUGUAAAUGGGUGCUUCUACAAAGGCAAAGUGUUGAUGAAACUGAAAUAAGUGGUGCAUGCAUGUGCUACUGUACUCGCUAGUCAUUGCUAACCAGUACCCCCCUCACAUUCCUCCCUUUUUACGCCCUUGGCCGCUGUUGUACUUGAGCCGCAGUCAUCACACCGUACCACGUCUCUGUUAGCUACCUAGGACUGUGCUAACUCGUUGUGCUGCAGCACUUUUUCUCCCAGUGUUAGAUGAAAACUUUUAGCAGCAGAUGGUGCAACAAGCUGUUAAUUUUUUUUCCUGAGCUUCGUCUUGAAACAGCCCCCUUUUCCCAGAGAUGCAGCUCUACAGAGAAGUAGAAAUUGAAAGGUCUUUCAAGGUGUUAUGGAAUAUUUCUUUUGUUUUUUUGUCACCAAAUCAAACCCCUCUCCUCUGAAAUCCUUCACAGAAUUAGAAUCUACAAGGUUUUAAAGAAAUGAUGUCCUGUGUAAUUCCUCAUCCACUAGACUGCUGUGCUCUGAGUUGGUCAGUAAUGGAGAGGGGCCAGAUCAGUUGUAAAUUGUUGCUCAUAACUGUCCCACAUCCAAAUUAGUAAUUUUUGGUACGUGUGGAAGAAUGGGAAGUAAUGUUCUGUAGUAUAUUGUCGGCAUUGCUCUUAAUCUUUGUGCCAAUGACUUUAGAAAGCAGCUGUGUUUUCUUUUAAUAUGUCAGUAAACCGGUUUCGCCUGCCAUGUUGUGUAAAAAGACAGCAUUGUUUUCUGGAAGCGACACUAUUAGUCUUGACGGUAAUGGGAUCAUACAACUUAAUUGACUACAGCUAUCGGGGCUAGUGCACAACCACAGCAGUCAAUGCGCUCUAGAGCCGAUCAAUUUUUUCCUUAAAUCCAUGCUUGGGUGCCCCCUCCCCUCCCCACUGAACAGGAGGUUUAAAAGCCUUUCAAUAAACGUUAAGGGCCAUCACUUUUAAUCGUUGCUUAAAAACCUCUACACAAUGGAGAACAAGUGCAUGCUUUGAAAGAAAGUGGGAAGGGGAGCAGGGAGCAUGUGUACGUAAGGCUGCAUAAUGUUUUAUUACGGGGUGGGAGCUGGGGUGGUUAUGGGCGGAUUGAAUAAAUGUAUCAUCUGUGCUGAUAAAAGGAACUUUUGUCUUUCCCUGAACUCCUUAUGCCAUUCCCUUCUCCUCUCUUCUCCCCUCCCUCCUUCCUCAUUUUGUUCUUGAAUAAACCUUGAUUGUUGAUUGUCCUGUAUCACGAAGACUGCGCUUUUAUUUUUGUUUUGAAUUCUCUUCUAAAUUGGGAUGCUGUACUACUGUAUCUUGAUCUGAAUAAAGUAACACAGAGGA